AUGACGGCGAGCCAUUUUGCACGAGCCCAACAGAUCAUGCAAGGCUUGUUGGAUGUGAUUCGGAAUGAUAUCAUGAGAGAGGAAGCACGUUCUACGACAAUGGCUUCAAAUCAGUGUGUGGAUGAUGAUCCUGAUGAUGGAAUGGAAAAAACUAAUGGAGGAAGCCAAAUGAAUAGUCUGCAAUCACUUCCGAUGACUUACAAGAAAUCGUUGGAAUAUUAUUUAUUUCAUUUUCCGAUCAUGUUUCAAUCAUUGUCAUGUAAAUUUGUACAAUUUUUGGCGAACAUUAUUUGUGAAUUGGCAUUUGGAAACCUAUCAGCAAAUAUGAACAAAUUAGAGGAUGUUUAUUUCAAAAUUAUUUUCAGGAGGAAACACUUGUGGAUUGAUUUGAUAAAAACAUUGUUUAAAUCCCAAGAGUAUUUUGUAUCGAGGAGUUUUAAAAGUUAUUCGUCAUCGUAUAAUAAUUCACAAUGUCUACAUUUGAAAAUAGAAGAAGGUCUAAAAUUCUUGAUCACUAAUUUUAUUCAAACUAUGCGAAAUAUACUACAAAAAGAAAUUAAUGAUUUAAACCAAGUGUCGGAACAGAGACUUGAUUAUUCAACAGAGAAUGAUACACUACUGGGUACUUGGUUUUAUUUACUCAUGGAUUAUUGCUUUCUUGAUAGGAUUCAAAAUGAUUUAUCAAAUCUCCUAGAUCCAAAAUUUAAAAAUUAUACCCUUUUCGAUGCAUGCAGUGGACAUCGACGGCUCGUUGUAUUUUAUUUAGAUCUCGCAGAUUCUCAGAACCUAAAUUCGAGGAUUACUCAAAUUACGUCUCAAAUUGCUAAAAUGAUCACUAUGGAUCGUAAGAACAAGGAAAUAAUUAUUCAACCUAGAGUUGCUUGUACAAGCGAAGGCGAAGACAACAACACAUAUCGAGACCUAAUGAAGCCAUUUAUUGCACUCGUCAUCAAAAAGGAACGAACUAUUGACGUCCCUCUAGUCACUAAUUUUGUGGAAAAACACAAAAUUCUAAGAAAUUUAUUCAACCUAGAAACUUUUUUAUCAAAAUUUGUAACCACUAUUGGUUCAAUUACUGUACACUCUUCCGAUUUUUUAAACCAUGAAAUUCUUGAAAGGAAUCAUUGGAAUACUGAAUUCGAAACGAUAGACGAGAGAAAAUUGGAAAUAAUUUUAAAAAACACAUCCAAAUUUUUUGCCUGUUUUUUGGAGUAUUAUAUCAAUGAGAAACAGCUCGAUGAACCUCAAAUAAUCUCCAUAUGGGAAAUUGUUGUCUCAUUAAGAAAUGCAAAUGUUUCUAUGAACAGCACUCAUAUUUUACAACGUAAUUUAUUUCAAGAGCUCUCCAUAUCAAAGCUCGUCAAAUUAUUGAAAAUCUUUGAUAACAGAGAAAAGUGUUCUUUCUUUGAGAACAAUCAACUCUUUGCCAUAAGAAACGAUGGUAAAACCCUUUUGUCAAUGUCAAAUGACGUGGUUGAGAGUGUGUGUUGUACACUAUUUUUCAAGAUGAUUUCAUCUAACUCUGUGACUGAAUACUUUCCAUCUAUUCUCCGAGUUUACAAGCUCUGUGACACAUCCUAUUUCAAAAUUCUCCUAUCCAAAGUUUGCAAAAUCAUUGUCUCGGAUAUUGUUAAAAAUUAUAAGGGAGCCUCGUUGGAAGAAUGUAUAGUGGCUUCGAAUUCUGUCUCUUACCAUUCUCAUGUAAAUAUCUUUCUUCAAUUUCUCUCGAGUGGAAAUAAUGAAGAACAAACAUUUGUAGAUAUUCUGAACUACUUAAUGCUAGAAACGAAAAUCCAACCCUUUAAUGAUUCUUCGAAAUUUCUCAUUCACACCUGCCUUUACUGGGCAACUAUAUUUCAUUACUCGGAGAGUAUCAAUUUUAGUUUUUUAACAUGGAUUUCCAACAUGAUCUCUAAUGAUGAAUACAAACUUGCUCUUUUAAUAUGCGUCGACGAAAGAAUCAUCUUUGAGGACCUGAAUCAUGCAAGAAAUUUCCUAAUUGCUCCCAUUGAAGGAAUUGGUGACGAUGCUUUGGACUUGUUGUCAGAAUCCUAUCGAAUCUCAAUUUUAUCAAAAUUUUCAAAUCGACAAGUGCUACUACAUGAUGAGCAAAUCGAACAACCAACGGUAUCCAAGUUGAAAAAGUUGAUUCGAUUAUAUAACAAAGAUCCAAAUGAAUUGUUGGAUUACUUUAAUCAAGGCUCCAUACAAGAGCAAGAGAUUUUUUGCAGACGGUGGAAUACUCUUCUCACUCUCUAUGCUUUACCAUUACCAAAAAAAGCAACAUCUUUAUUUAAUUUCCUGAAGAUUUCUCUUCCAGAGGAUCAUCCAUUUCAUAGUAUUAUUGUAUUUCGAACAUUGAUGGAUGAGGAAUUGAGUAAUUUAGAUUCUCCACUUAAAAAGAAAAAUUUCAUAACUUCAAUAUUAGAUUCAAAAGGACUUGUGGAUACAAAUUCAUUAUCCUUCCUAUUGUUGAAAUUAGUGAGAGAUGAUUCAGACGCUUCUCCCAAUAACACUAUUCCAAUAUUUAAGCUGGUUGCUGACAGUUUCGAAAAGUAUCAAGAGUGCUUUCUCAUCAAAAUGAUUUCUCAUCAUUGCAAAAUAUUAUUCUUGGACAUGUGCGCAAAUUCAUCAUUUUCACUUGUUCAUGCUCAACGAAUGAUCAAUGUAUUUGAACUAGUGAUGCGUCACAUGGUGGAUCCUUCUGAAAUUUCUGCAUUUCUUGACUCAGUAUUGGAUGCAUCAACGUGUAAAUUAUUGAUUUGGGAAAAUGGAGCCAACGAAAUGCCAUUCUUUUUGAAAACCAUCUUCCAGCUCGUGAAUGAAAUUGGAGACAUUUCCAAUCAAACAACUUCUGGACAUUUUCCACUUUUUUUUCAAAGAGUUUACUUUUUGUUUUCCCAUCCAGAAUAUGUGAAGCUGUUGAAUGACGACGACGAAGUGCAUUGGUGGAUGUCCACUCUCAAAGUUACUUUCAAACAUGAAAGUUUAGCUUCAAUUGUGAAAUUCAGACUUUGGAUUUUUUGGUUGCAAGAUAUUACAUCAACAACUCGAAGAGUAUUGUCUGACUCGCAAACAAGAAGAAAUUACAUUCGAACAAUAUUGGAAUUGUUUUUGAAUGAGAGACAUCACGCAAAUGUCGAUGCAUUUUUGAAAGAAUGUUUUAUGGAAAUGUUGGCCUUUAGUGUUCAAAUAUUGUCGUCUUUGCCACCUGAAUUAUUUUCAGUGAUACGGAGCUUUGAUAAGGAGGCAGAAAUUGCAUUUAAUGUUUCAAUGCUCAAUCAAUGGAAUGAACCCGUGUUAGAUGUUGCUGAACAUUCAAGUCAACAACACAGACGGCAUUGGUUUUUAGAAGCUUUGGCUCUCCUUUCAAAAAAGACCCAUGUCACUUCAAGAAUGCACAUUGCUAGCUGA